CCAAACCCAAACCCGAUCAAGCAAUGGAAAAGUCGUCAGCAUGCUUUUUCAGAUAUAAACCCUAACCUCUCUCCGUCAUAACUCUCAACUCUUUUCUUCUAUGCUUUAUUCUCUUCAAGGAUGUUUAAUCCUCGCCCCCUUCAUAACCCUACAAAUCUCGCUGGUCUUUUUGCUUUUUGCCCCCCCUCACCGCCACUAUCUCUGAAGCCCUAAUUAUUCCGCGAUCGUUUUCUUCUUUUGCUUGUCCACCUGCUUUUCGUGAUAAUCUCUAGGCUCAAUUUUCUCUCUUCAAGAUUAUUACUUGUACUGCUGAUAUUAUGGCUACUGCUUUGGAUCUGUCCCUUGAUGAUCUUAUAAAGAACAGAGGAUCCCGUGAGAGAGGUAGAGGACGAGGUAGGGCCCGCCGUGGUCGUGGACCGGGCAGGGCACCUAAUGGUGGAAGAAUGCCUGGGGCAGUUCGAAGAGGUCCUCUUGCAGUGAAUGCUCGGCCAUCAUCUUAUACAAUUGCCAAGUCUAUCCGCAGACCCAGGACUUUCCCAUGGCAGCAUGAUUUGUUUGAAGAGAGCCUUAGAGCUGCAGGGAUACCAGGGAUAGGAAUUGGCACAAAAUUAUAUAUUUCUAACUUGGAUUAUGGAGUGACUAAUGAAGAUAUAAGGGAACUUUUCUGCGAAAUUGGAGACCUGAAACGAUAUGCAGUUCAUUAUGACAAAAAUGGUCGCCCAAGUGGCUCAGCUGAAGUUGUGUAUACCAGAAGAAGUGAUGCAGUUGCAGCUCUUAAGCGGUAUAAUAAUGUCCUCUUGGAUGGUAAACCCAUGAGAAUUGAAAUUGUAGGUGCCAAUGCAGAAAUGCCUGUUUCAGCUCGUGUGAAUGUCACUGGAGUAAAUGGAAGGAGGAGAAGGACUGUUGUUAUGACGCCUGGAGCUGGUCCAAUUGGAGGCUCUGCUGCUGUUAAGCGUGGCUCUGGUCGGAAUCGUCUUGGGGGUACAAGUAGCCGUGGCCGUGGCCGUGGCAGUGGCCGUGCUCAGGUACAGGAUCUGGGUCGAGGUCGGGGUGGGAGCCGGGUCCGGGGCUGGGGCCGUGGCCGAGGCCAAGUCUGGGGACGGGGGCGUGGCUCUGAAAAUAAUCAACCUGUUGAGAUGUCUGUUGAUGAACUUAACGAGGACCUGGAUAACUAUCAUGCUGUAGCCAAACAUACUUGAAUUUUCAAGCCGUGAUAGCUGGGGAAACUGCUCUGGAAUUAAGCAUAUCAGUAGUAGCUAUGGGAGCUGUACAAAUUGUAUCUUUCUUUGUUGGCUUAUAUCCUUUUUGUUGCUUGGAGCUGUAGAUUGCGGGGUGUUUAAGCGUUAAUCAAACUGUUUGAAGAUUUUUAAAAAAGUUGUUUUGUUAAAAAAUUUACAUAUUUUAAAA